CGAGCGGUCACACUGCCCUUACCCUCGUGUUCGCCGACUUAUUUUGAAAGAAAAAUCCCGAUUUUCGUGAAUUUGGAGCGAAUUAGCCAGCCUAGCUUAGGAAUCGGUCCUUUUGGGGAACGUGCAGCGCAAUGAGCACCGAAUCGGCGAAGCCGGCCUUGAGCCAGGAGGCCAUUGUGGCCCAGUUCCAACAGCUGCGAAAUGAGCAGCGCAACUUGGCCAACAGUCUAAACACCCUGGAAAUGGAUUUACGGGAGCACAAAACUGUGAUAGAAACUCUGGAGUCGGCGGAUCCGGAGCGUAAGUGCUUCCGUCUGAUUGGCGGUGUCCUCUGCGAACGGACUGUUAAGGAGGUUCUACCGCAGCUGGUGGAGAACAAGGACUUUAUCGCCAAGACCAUUACCAUGGUCACCGAGGACCUGAGCAAAAAAGGAAGCGAAUUGAACAAGUUCAAGGAGGAUAAUCACAUCAAGAUUCGGGGCGAACACCUCGGAACUGAGGGAUCAAAGGGUUCGGAUGCUGCGGAGAAGGCGGAGAACCGCAACGUCCUGGUCUCCAACUAGGAAUAGGCACUUCUCCUCCGCCCCCACACGCCGAUAAGUGCACCGUAUUUAUUGUGUCUUUGUGAAGAGGAGAGGGAACUAUGCCAGGAUUCGCGAACAAUAAUCCGCGAUAACGGAACAGUUCUGAUGUUGUAUGUAAUACUAGCUGUAAGGCUCAGCUCACGACACACCCAACAAAAAAAUGGCACCAACACAUCCAAUCCCAUCUCCACUUCCCUCAUUUAACAUAACCCACUCUGGCUACGAAAUUAAAGAGAACCGCUAACUUGAACUUCUGUAAACGGAAA